CAUGUGUCCAUUCUGCCAGACUCUCAACAACAACGUAGUUGAGCUCAGCAUCCGCUUAUUCGUGAAAGCAUCCUUUUAUUCAAUUUUUAACCUGAUAUUAAAUCCUUCUAAUUUGAAAUGUCUCAAGAUAAUUUGUCUGCUGUCCUCUACGGAAUAAACGAUUUACGUCUUGAACAAGCUCCAAUUUCCAAACCGGGACCAAGACAAGUUCUUGUUAAAAUUAAUACUGUUGGUAUUUGUGGAAGUGAUGUACACUUUUUGACACACGGAGCAAUUGGAUCAUUUGUUGUUAAAGAACCGAUGGUUUUAGGCCAUGAGAGUUCUGGAGUUGUUUCUGAAAUUGGAAGUGAAGUGAAAGGGUUUAAAGUUGGUGACAGAAUUGCAAUGGAACCAGGUCUCCCAUGCAAACUGUGUGAGCACUGCAAAAUUGGAAGAUAUAAUUUGUGUCCUGAUAUGCGUUUUUUCGCUACUCCACCAGUGAACGGAGCAUUAUCUAGAUUUGUUGUUCAUGAUGCAGAUUUUUGUUUCAAGCUUCCAGACAAUCUCUCAUUUGAAGAUGGAGCACUUCUUGAGCCAUUGUCUGUUGCAAUUCAAGCAUGCCGCCGUGGAACUGUUCAAAUGGGACAAAAAAUACUUGUUCUCGGAGCAGGACCAAUUGGAGUCUUGAAUCUUCUUACUGCUAAAGCGAUAGGUGCAUCAAAAGUAGUAAUCACUGAUUUGAACGACGAGAGACUUGCUCUUGCACGCCUAUUAGGAGCUGAUGCUACAAUCAAUGUUAUGGGAAAACGUUCGGAUGAAGUAAGAUCAGAGAUCAUCAAGGCAUUUGGCGAUCAACAACCUCAUGUUUCAAUUGAGUGCACAGGGGUCCAGCCGUGUGUCGAGACAGCUAUCAUGACAACAAGAUCCGGAGGAGUUGUUGUUCUAGUUGGAUUGGGUGCAGAGAGAGUUGAGAUUCCAUUGAUUCAAUCACCGACACGAGAAGUUGAUUUGAGAGGAACAUUUAGAUCGGCGAAUUGCUAUUCAACUGCAAUUGAGCUAAUUUCAUCUGGAAAACUUGAUCUAUCGGGAUUAACAAGAGCUCAUUACAAGUUGGAAGAAAGCCUUGAAGCAUUUAAGAGAACCCAAAAUGGAGAUGUUAUUAAAGUAUUUAUUCAUUGUUAAAAUCUAUCAAUGAAACUUUAUAAAAUCCGUUAAGCUUCAGCAUUUUUCCUAAUUCACUAGAUGUGUUUUACUUGUAUUACAUCACCUUAUUUUAAAAAUUAAUUGAAUUAUGUUUAACCAAAAUUAAAUGGUAGCAGUGUGGAAACACACAAGUUAUCUUUUUUUCUAUUUUUUAUCGGAUCAGUCAAAAUUUGAUAAGAAUAAUCAAUUUGAACCUAUCUUGAAAAUAUCCAAAUCUCUUCAUCUUCUAUCAUAACACGUGCUGUUCUAUCAUCUUUAGUGUCAGUUCACCCUCUUAUCAAUUUCUCAAACAACAAUAAAGAAGA